AUGCUUGCUUACAUCGGACGAUUUGGCCUCUGGCGAUGCCUCCAACUCCACCCGGCUCCAUCUCAGAAUCACACUCCCAGUAACCACCUGACCGUCCAGUCAGCCCUGACACUGACCUACACCAGCAUAACAAUGCACUGCUCCUCUCCUUCACUCACCCCAAAUGCUCUGACUAUAGAUGAGGUUAACUACAGCACUUGCACGAGUCACCCGGCCCAAUUAUAUGAGGCUGACUACUCCUCCUCCUCCACCACCUGA